AAAACGGAGAGCGGCUGAGUUGAAAGGCAUUGAAACCAUCGAGUAUUGCUAGAAAAGAUGUCGAGGGGAGGAGAAGGGCAGAGGAACUUCCUCUUCCGGUUCAUCCAUGGGAGGAUGGAGGCCUGGAGGGUGGCAGUUCUGUUCUUCCAAGGGCCGAAGCAGCAGCUGAAAUUGAAAGGCCUGGGGACCAGUGGUGAAAUCCAAUUUUUUUUACUACCGGCUCUGUUCGUGUGGCUUGGUGGGCGUGGCAGGGGAAGGAUAUUACAAAAUCCCCAUUCCCUCCCCAUUCUUGGGGGAAGGAUAUUGCAAAAUCCCCAUUCCCUCCCUACUGUAGGGGGAAGGAUAUUGCAAAAUCCCCAUUCCCUCCCCACUCUUGGGGGAAGGAUAUUGCAAAAUCUCCAUUCCCACCCCACUCUGGAGCCAGCCAGAAGUGGUAUUUGCCGGUUCUCCAAACUGCUCAAAAUUUCUGCUACCGGUUCUCCAGAACAUGUCAGAACCUGUUGGAUUUCACCCCUGCUGGGGACGAAAACAUAUGAAGGAGGGUUGCAGGAUUUGGGCAUGGCUUAGUCUAGGAGGGACCUGAUAGCAGUAUUUCAGUAUUUGAGAGAUUGCCACAAAAAGAAGGGGGGCAGUUCAUUUUCAAAGCACCAGAAGGCAAGACAAGAAGCAAUGGGUGGAAACUAAUCAUGUUCAAAACCAACUUACAAGCAAGGAGAAAUAGUGAGAACAAUUAAUCAGUGGAACAACUUUGCCUUCAGAAGUUGUGGGUGCUUUAUCAAAGGAAGUUUUUAAGAAAAGACUGGGCAGCCACUUGUCUGAAAUGGUAUAUAGCCGUGAUGGCGAACCAAUGGCACGCAUCCCUGAGGUGGCACACAGAGCCAUCUUUCCGAGCACGCGAGCUGUCGGCCAACUCACCUGCAGCUGCUGUGCAUGCCCGCUCGGCCCAGCUGGUGUUCGGGCCUCCGGUGCGCAUGUGCACAAUUCCGGAGACCCAGCUGGACAAAGAAGAUGCCAAGAAGAACACUCUGGACAACAAAGAAUGAGAAGCAGCAUUAAAAUGCAAAACAAACCCAUCUAUCAAAAUCUUUUCCACUUCUUCAUGAAAGUGUAAAAACGCUUCUCAUUCCUCAGGAGAUCAGAGACAAGGGAGAGAAUAACAAGAACAAAGUUUUGAGCUGGACAAAAUAGGGUAUGUGGAACUCAAAGAAACAUUACAACGUGUGGAACUGAAGGAAACAAGAACCGUGGUGGUUCAGUGGUUAGAGGGCAGCACUGCAAGCUACUUCUGCUGACUGCCGGCGGCCUGCAUUUUGGCAGUUCAAAUCUCAAGGAAAGUGGCUUGAAUCAAAUUACCUUCAAGUAAUAGAUCAGAAAUAUUUUUGACCUCCUUUAGAGUCCAAAUAUAUCAGUGUUGGAAAAACUGCACAGACUGCGUAUUAUGAGAAAACCACAGAUUGCAGGUCACAGCUGCUUAUGCACGAGAGAAUCCAUCCUGUGAAAAGCUAUAGAAAUGUUUGGAGUGUGGUAACAGCUUUACUCAGGAAAGCUUCCUUGUGAUUCGUGGAAUGACCCACACUAGAGACAAGCUCUACUAGUGCUCCCAAUGUGUCAAAAGAUUUACAAUGCACAGCAAUCUGGUGAGACAAAAGAGGACUCACAAUGGAGAGAAAAACUUUGAAUGUCCUGAUUGUGGGAAAAGUUUCACUAGGAAUUCUCACCUGGUAAUACACCGGAGGACUCACACAGGAGAGAAACCUUAUAACUGUUGUGAUUGUGGGAAAAGUUUCUCUCGGAAUUACAACCUGGUGCUACACCAGAGGACUCACACAGAAGAAAAACCAUAUCAGUGUCCAAAUUGUGGGAAAAGGUUCAGUCAGAAUUCCUACCUGGUGAAACACCAGAAGACUCGCACAGGAGAGAAACCCUUUGAAUGUCCUGACUGUGGGAAAAGUUUCAUUCGAAAGUGUGACUUGGUGAUACACCAGAAGACUCACACAGGAGCAAAAUUAUAUGAGUGUCCAGAUUGUGGGAAAAGUUUCACUCGGAAUUCCAAGCUGGUGAUACACCAGAGAACUCACACGGGAGAGAAACCAUAUGACUGUCUAUAUUGUGGGAAAAGUUUCAGUCAGAAUUCCAACCUGAUGAUACACCAGAGAGCUCACACAGGAGAAAAACCAUAUCACUGUUCUGAUUGUGGGGAAAGUUUCAGUCAGAAUUCCUAUCUAGUGAAACACCAGAGGAUUCACACAGGAGAGAAACCAUAUGAGUGCCCAGAUUGUGGGAAAAGUUUCAGUCGGAAUUCCAACCUUGUGGUGCAUCAGAGGACUCAUACAGGAGAAAAACCAUAUGAGUGUCUGUUUUGUGGGAAAUGUUUCAUUCGGAAUUCCUACCUGAUGAAACAUCAGAGAACUCACACAGGAGAAAAACCAUAUCAAUGUUCGGAUUGUGGGGAAAGAUUCAGUCAGAAUUCCUACCUGAUGAAACACCAGAUAAUUCACACAGGAGAAAAACCAUAUGAGUGUGUUGAAUGUGGAAAAAGUUUCGUAAGGAAUUCCAGUUUGGUGAUACACUGGAGGACUCACACAGGAGAGAAACCGUAUGAAUGUCCGGAAUGUGGGAAAGAUUUCAGUAGUAGGUCUAGUCUUCUAAAUCAUGUAAGGUUACACAUAGGGGAGAAACCAUUCAAAUGCCCAGAUUGCGGAAAGUCUUUCACAGGGAAUUCCUCACUUAUCAAACACCAGAGAACGCACAUGCAAGAGAAACCGUAUGAGUGUCUAUUUUGUGGGAAAGGUUUCAGUUGGAAUUCCCACCUUGUGGAACAUCAGAGGACUCACACAGGAGAGAAACCAUAUGAGUGUCCUGAUUGUGGGAAAGAUUUUUCUUGGAAAUCUGACUUGGUGAAACACCAGAGGAUUCACAUGGGAGAGAAACCGUACGAGUGUUCAGAUUGUGGAAAAGGUUUCAAGUCUAAUUCUCAUCUGGUGAUACACCAAAGGAUUCACACAGGUGAAAAACCAUAUGAGUGUCUGCAGUGUGGAAAAAGUUUCAUUCAAAAUUCCCUCCUUUUGCGCCAUCAAAGAACACACACAGGAGAGAAACCAUAUAAAUGUCCAGAUUGUGGGAAAAGUUUCAGUCAGAGUUUUGACAUGGUGUUGCACCAGAGGACUCAUAAGCAAGAGAAACCGUAUGAGUGUUCAGAUUGUGGGAAAGGUUUCAAGUCUAAUUCUCAUCUGGUGAUACACCAGAGGACUCACACAGGAGAGAAACCAUAUAAAUGUCAUUGUGGGAAAAGUUUCAGUCAGAAUUCCUACCUGGUAAAACACCAGAGGACCCACAUUGUGGAGAAACAAUAUAAAUGUUCUGAUUGUGGGAAAAGUUUCAGUCAGAAUUCCUACCUGGUGAAACACCAGAGGACUCACACGGGAGAGAAACUCUAUGUGUGUUCAGAUUGUGGAAAAGGUUUCAAGUCUAAUUCUGAUCUGAUGAUACACCAAAGGGUUCACACCGGUGAAAAACCAUAUAAAUGUCAUUGUGGGAAAGGUUUCAGUUGCAAGUCUGAGCUAGUGAGACACAAGAGGACUCACACUGGAGAGAAACCGUAUGAGUGUCCAGAGUGUGGGAAAGAUUUCUCUUGGAAAUCUGACCUGGUGAGACACCAGAGGAUUCACACGGGAGAGAAACCAUAUGAGUGUUCAGAUUGUGGAAAAGGUUUCAAGGGGAAUUCUGAUCUGGUGAUACACCAAAGGAUUCACACAGGUGAAAAACCAUAUAAAUGUCAUUGUGGGAAAGGUUUCAGGUGCAAGUCUGACCUGGUGAAACACCAGAGGACUCACACUGGAGAGAAACCGUAUGAGUGUCCAGAGUGUGGGAAAGAUUUCUCUUGGAAAUCUGACCUGGUGAAACACCAGAGGACUCACACGGGAGAGAAACCAUAUGAGUGUUCAGAUUGUGGAAAAUGUUUCAACUCUAAUUCUCAUCUGGUGAUACACCAAAGGAUUCACACAGGUGAAAAACUGUUUGAGUGUCACCAGUGUGGGAAACGUUUCAUUCAAAAUGCCUUCCUUUUGCGACAUUACAGGACUCACACAGGAGAGAAACCAUAUAAAUGUCCAGAUUGUGGAAAAGGUUUUAGUCAGAAUUCUAACAUGAUAAUACACCAGAGGACUCACAUAGGAGAGAAACUGUAUGAAUGUCUGCAGUGUGAGAAAAAAUUUAGUAAGAAUUCCUAUCUGGUGGAACACCAGAGGACUCACACUGGAAAUAAAAUGUAUGAGUGUCUUGAAUGUGGGAAAAGUUUCACUUGGUAUUCCAAGCUGUUGAGACACCAGAGAACUCACACGGGAGAGAAACCAUAUGAGUGUCUGUAUUGUGGGAAACGUUUUAAUCAGAAUUCCCAUCUGGUGAUACACCAGAAAAGUCACACAGGAGUAAAACCAUAUCAGUGUCCAGACUGUGGGAAAAGGUUCAGUCAGAAUUUCUAUCUGGUGAUACACCAGAAAACUCACACAGGAGACAAACCAUAUCAGUGUCCAGACUGUGGGAAAAGUUUCUGUUAUAGUUCCUACUUGGUGAAACACCAGAGGACUCACACAGGAGAAAAACCAUAUGAAUGUCUUGAAUGUGGGAAAAGUUUUACUUGGAAUUCCAGUUUGGUGAUACACUGCAGGACUCACACAGGAGAGAAACCGUAUGAAUGUCCAGAUUGUGGGAAAGAUUUUCGUUAUAGGACUAGCCUUAUAAAUCAUGUAAGGUUACAUAUAGGGGAGUAACCAUUCAAAUAGCUAGAUUGCUACUUUGUUUCACACAAAGUUCCUCCCUUAUCACACACAAGGAAUUUCACACGAGGCAACAUUUGAUGUGUGUAGAGAGGAAUCUUGAUUUUCGUUUGUUGUCUCUCAUUGGAAACCCAGCUGAACAAUUAAACAUUUAAUUACUUGCAUGA